GAGGAACGUCAAGCAAAACCAAGCCAUGAACGCUACUGCAACUUUUUCGUCCUAUUUUCGCGCCUCCCCUCGUUGGAAUAAUCGUUGAGCGGGGUUUGGUGUGCGUGGAUGGUUCUGGGUGUGUCAUUUGGUGCAUCGGGGCCCUGGGGAGCGGUUGUCGCCGCCGUGUUGUGCUGUGGUGGUGUCGCCAAGGUGCAGCAACGUUGCCGCCGCUACUGCCGCAGCGGCAGCAGUAGCAGUAGUCAUGAAGGCCGCCGCCGCUGCCGCUCUUGCCGUGCCCGUGCCCAUGGCGUUCGUGACAGUGCUCGCCCACUCGCCGGCUAGUGCAGUGCUCGCCUUGCCUGCCUUGCCUGCUGCAGUGCUCGAGGCGCUGGCGUUCGCGUCGUCGCUGGCCCUCCCCCUGGACUCCGUCUCCGUCAGCCGGCAGCACCAUGAGUGUGGACGUCCAUAGACCAACCUCAACCUCAGCCCCCUGCCCAGCCAUCACAGCCAUGGAGGAAGAACAGGAUGAAUUUGAAGACGCCUGCGAGGAGCUCACUGAAGCUUACAUUGAAGACGCACAUCUUUAUCAGCCAACUGGACAGGAUCUGGAGAGUUCACUCAUAGACGCUCGCAAGUCCAUCAAUUUCUUCUUUAAUAACCAGUUUGACGAAGCUCGCUUGACACUGAAGGCAUUCAAAGAUACGAGUCUGUACCAUUCUCUUGGGUCGUCAGUGUUUUGCUUCCUUGAGGCAAUGCUGACGUUCCAGGGCAAGCACAUCAAGGCAGCCUCAGCCGCCCUCAAGACGUGUGUAAAUGUUUGUGAGCAGCAUCGAAGGAAGAAUACAGUUUACGAAACCAUAGGGAAGAUGGUCAAGCGGCCCAACUACAAUACCUACACUGCCAUGGAACUGCACGCAGAGCUAUGCUAUGCUGAAGCAUUGCUCCUAAAGUCAAUCCUGACUUUUGUGGAGGAUGAAACUCUGGUCACAUUCCUAAAGGCUGGCUUGAAGAUUCGUUCCUGCUUCAAUUCUUACAAGGAGUGCGCUGAGAUCCUCAAAAACCGAGACUGGACCGACGACCCGCACAAGGUUCACUUCGAGAGCGGCGUCCGGAUGGGCAUCGGCGCGUUCAACCUCAUGAUCUCCCUGCUGCCGGCCAGGAUCAUCAAGCUGCUGGAGUUCAUCGGCUUCGCGGGGAACAAGUCGUUUGGACUGCAGGAGUUGGAGCAGGGGUUCAUGCUUAAAACUGGCCUCAGACAAAUUCUAUGUGUGAUGAUGCUGUUAGCGUACAACCUUCUCGUGGUGUACGUCCUGAGCCAUACUGAUGGAAACUUGGAGCUGUGUGAGAAAAUUCUCGGUGAGCAGCUGGCUCAGUACCCCCGAGGAGUGUGGUUCCUCUUCUUCAAAGGGCGCCUGGAGUUUAUGAAGGGAAAUUUGGAGGAAGCUGACAAGUGGUACAUUCAAUCAUGGCAUUCGCAAAACAAGUGGCCCCACUUCCACCAUCUGUGUUUCUGGGAGCUCAUGUUUGUACACGCCCUACGCCUUGACUGGCGCCUUGCCAAUGAAUAUGCUGAUAGUUUGGUGGCAAAGUCAAGGUGGUCCCGUACCAUCUACCAGUACCAGCAGGCUGCUAUUAUGCUCAUGAUUGAUGACUUAACACCAGAAGAAAACUUGAAGGUGGAAGAAUUGAUGAGGACGGCACCCGAAUACAAGCAACGUCUUGCUGGAAAGUCGCUGCCAAUGGAAAAAUUUGUGAUCAAGAAGGCUGAACGCUACUUUGCACAGAGAAAAUUCCUUAUUCUUCCUGGAGUUGAACUGGUAUACAUGUGGAAUCUAUUUAAAACUAUGAAGACUAAAUGGUCCUUAGCAGAAAAUAUUUACAAACUAGUGGAGACAACUUUGCAAGAGUUUGAGCAAACAAAAAAAUAUUCAUCUGAGUUUGAUGCAGACAACAGAGCACUUCUUCUGCUGCUAAAAGGUGCUCUCCUUCAUGUUAUGGGAAGCCCUCUUCAAGCUCAACAAUGUCUACAGAAAGUUAUUGAACUUGAAAAACAGAUUCAAGAUGAUACCCACCUUGUUCCAUAUGCCUUAGUUGAACUUGCAGUAAUUGCAAAUUACCAGGGGGAUAAAGAACAUGCUGUUCAACUGAUAGAAACUGCAAGGAAGAACUAUACAGGCUAUUCGCUGGAGAGCCGUUUGCAUUUUAGAAUGCAUUCCCUUAUGCUGGAAUUGAGUGCUCCGAAAAAAGAUGUGGAGGAUGCAUUGGGUAAUGGGAACGGCAAUGAAAAUGGCUGUUACGAUACUCGUCUAUAAAGGUUUUUAACAUUAUCGAGAUGACCUUUAAACCUAGUCUGAUAUUGAAAAGCUUGCAGCUCAUGCUUUCAUAGCUCGGCUUUCGUAUGCAAAGCAAUCUUAGCUUUGUUGUUUUGUGAGUUCUUGAAGUACUUUUGUGUUUCCAUGCUUCCUGUGACCUCUUGAUCAAAUGUUCCUUUCAUUAAUUUUUUGUAUUUAGUUUAAAUCAAAGCAAAGUUAUCAUAGUUUUUUUUGUUUCUUUUUUCAAGUGCUGUAGAGCCUACAAAAGAUGAAUAAAAUAUAAUAUGCUGUGAACUUAUUUUACAUGAUCGCAGGAUUCAUUCCAAAUGAUGCAAUGUUAAAACUAGGGUGAGAUUCUUGUCAUAUGUUUGAAUUCAUACUGUUAAGCCAAAGAAAUUGAAACUUGGUGGAAGAGGGGUACAGUGGUACGAAGAUUUCUAUUUGAAAACUGGAUUCCUUUAUUCCAUGAUUAUGGAUGUGGAUGAAAAUGGUGACACACGUGCUUAGGUAUUCUCCUUCUAAUUGAAGUCCUUCUGAUGUUCCUUUGCCCUUGAAUUCUGCCAGAUUCUCAUCUGAGUGGUACCAAAUGACAGGGUCAUGUAAAACCAGUAUCUAGUUGAGAAAUAUUUUGUACCUGAGGAAUACAGGUGUGUUUAAAUAAUGUAGGGUUCAGUGUUGCCUUUUGUAUGGGGUAGUCAUAAGGUAUUAUUAUUUAUUUUUGUGUGUGUAUUUUUUUUGUUCUUUCUUUGCUAUCAUUGAGGAAACUAAUAUAUUUCAUCAGCUGCCAUGCAGCUUGUCCUUUUAUAAGGCUUAAAAUUUGCAAGUUUUGUGCGGUACCACAUGCAACCUACAUUUUGUACUGUCUUUCUGUGAACUUAUUCUGAAAGCUAAAU